AUGACGAGACCUCGCCAAUCUUCGGCCGCCAGCGAGGACAGCACAGCCAUGUCCCACGAUCAGGAGCUGGGAAGCAUGUACGACUAUCUCGCCAAGAUUAUACUGCUAGGUCCCAGCGGCACGGGAAAGUCUUGCCUGUUGCAUCGCUUCCUCAAGAGCGAGUGGAGGGUGCUGUCGUCACAGACCAUCGGAGUCGAGUUUGCGAGCAAAAUCAUAAAGGUCGGCACCGGGGCGCGGCGGAAACGCAUCAAACUUCAGCUUUGGGAUACGGCUGGCACCGAACGAUUCCGAUCCGUCUCGAGGUCGUACUACCGCGGCGCGGCGGGUGCUAUACUCAUCUACGACAUCACGUCGCACGCAUCAUUUCGAGCAUUACAACCAUUCCUCAACGACGCACGGGCGCUGGCUUCGCCCAACUUGAGCGUCAUGCUGGUCGGGAACAAGGUGGAUCUAGCCUCGGCCUCGCUCGUCGACACGAGCGUGCCGCCCGCGACUCCGAGCAGCGUGGGCUCGACCUCGACUCUUAAGGCGGGGGCGACGGGCAGUCCCAUGUCCUUGUCGACCAUGAACACGACGGGCGGGGCAUCGGACAGAGACCGUGGCGGCUCCAUAAUGGGCUCUGGGAACCAGCAAAGAGCGACGGUGGCGCCCGAGGGAAGAGAAAUCACACGGGCGGACGCGAGUAGAUGGGCGAGCCAGGCAGGCAUCCCCGUGGUGACAGAGGCGAGCGCGCUGAGCGGCGAGGGCGUGGACGAGAUUUUCGGCCGCCUGGCGCGGAUGAUCCUUACCAAGAUCGAGCUGGGUGACAUUGACCCGGACGACCCCAUGAGCGGCAUCCAGUACGGCGACAGUGGCGGUUGGAACACGAGCGACGGUGGUAGCAUCAAAAGCUCGAUGACGGGGGUGACGGUCGACGACCCCGUGGGCAGCGUCAGAAGGCGGCGGAGAGCGAAAAACAGGGGGCAGAACUGGGGACUGCGAGAGUGGGAAGACGUCUUUACCUUGACCAGCCGUCGGCGCGGCGGGAACUGCUGCUGA